AUGAAUCAAAAUACGGAUUUCCAAGAAUGGAUGGAAAUGUGCGUUAAAUUAAACCAUAUAAAUAGUUUUGAAUACAAUGAAUUUACUGAGCAUCAGUUGGUCGGUGAAGGGAGAUUUGCUUGUGUAAAAUCUGCAAUGAUGAAUUGUGACGUAAAAGUUGCUUUGAAAUCUUUAAAAGUUGAUGUUGUAUUAGAAAAAGAUAUAAUUGAAAAAUUCGUUAAUGAGGUUGACAAUAGAUAUGGGCAGCCUCCUUUUGCUUCACACUCCCAUUAUUUACUUCCAUCAAAAAUAUUAAAUGGCGAAAGAGAGAACAAGACUGACGGAACACCAGAACAUUAUGUUGAAUUGUAUCAAAAAUGUUGGGAUACCGAACCUAUAAAUCGACCCAAUGCUAAAAAAGUUUUUAAAAUAUUAAAGAUAAUUUCUUCACUGAAUCCACCAAACAGAAUUCCAGAAAUAUCGUCGGAUGAUGAAACUUCAUCAGAUGAAGAAAAUGAUAUAUCAUUUGAUAAUUCGGAUAUUGAUUCGUUAACCUCUGAUGAUAGUGAUGAUAAGGAAAAUAUGAUUAAUAUACUAAAUGAUUUGGUUCAAUUAUAUUCAAAUAAGUGUAAAUUAGGAUCAAGUGAAUCUGAUAGAAAUUAUGAAAAUUGGUUCGAUUACAAUAUGUCUAAUUCAAGGAAGUUUUUUAUUUUUCUUAAAAAGAACACUGAAAUUGUAGAACAUCAUGAAUUUAUUCUUGGAAAAUUUUAUCAAAGAGGUUUCGGUGUAAAACAGAAUAAUGCAAAAUAUUUUAAAUGGAUGGAAAGAGGUACUCGUAAAGAUGAUAAACUUGCAUAUUUUGAACUUUCAAAAUGUUAUUUUUUUGGUAAAGGUGUGAAUAAGGACAAUGGAAAAGCAUAUGAACUUUAUAAUCGUAGCAACAGGGCAUGA